UUAUUCAAUAAUCGUAGGUGCCGAGCACAAAAACGAAAAAAGCAUUAAAUCAAGUUAUUUUUAAUUAGAAAUUAAAUUAAAUGUUUACAUUACGCUCGGCCCUGCCGUGCGGCAGACAAUUUGCUGUACUACUGUCAAAUACAAGUCGCCACGCUCAACUGCAGUCCAGCAAAGGAUUUGGUGGCUGGACAAGAACAGUGCUGAACAACUCUUCACAAUGGCCACAACAAAAUCAGCAGCUGGAACAGCAAAGAUGGCUAGGGACGCAAACAGCUGGAAAAGAUUUUGGGGACGCCGGCGCCAACAUGAAACGCAUCUAUUACGGAACCCUGGCGCCUCGCAUGAAAAUCGUCAAGCUCUUUUCACUGACCACCAGUUUGGUGGGGAUUGCAGCUCAACCGAUUCUGCUUGAGCAAGGCAUGAAAAUCGGUGGCACCGGCAUGGGCAUUUUCCUCUGCACAAUUGGCGGAUUUUUCACAUUUGUGACGCCUUUGCUGCUGCACUUCAUCACUAAGAAAUAUGUAACGGAACUGCAUUACAAUACCGUUACAGAUGAAUAUACGGCCACAACGAUAUCCGUCAUACUGCUGAAGAUCAAAACAAAGUUUCGAACCAGCGAUGUUACUGUGCCUGAGGUACCCGGCAUGUUUACCUCGUUUCUGGUGAAGAAGCGUCCGCUUUUUGUUGAUCCCGCUUUGUUUGAUGAUCCCGAACAUUAUGUGCGCAUUAUGGGUUAUGACAAACCCAUCGAUUUCAAACUUAACGUCAAUGCCGAGUCGGAGCAAGCCAAAAAGAAGCAGCAAUAAAUAAAUUACAAUUUAAAGUUUGUUAAAUAGUCA